UUGUUAUCUUAUGUUCGUAUCCCCCUCUCUCUUUCUCUCUCUAUCUCAGUCUCUUCAUAUCUAUCUAUCUAUCUAUCUAUCUAUCUAUCUAUCUAUCUAUCUAUCUAUCUAUCUAUCUUCGUAACUAUCUGUUUCAAUCUGUUUCUACCCACUCUAUUCGUAUCUAUCUAUCUAUCUAUCUAUCUAUCUAUCUAUCUAUCUAUUCAUCUAUCUAUCUAUCUACUCCUUUCAAUUGCAUCCUUUGUCAUGCCGACGCUGACAAUUACAACAGACUUAUGCAAUAUAGUGCACUUAGGUAUUCCUUGCCCGGAUGUAGACUUCUCAAAGGAACCCUCUUAUGCCAUAAGAAAGCGGAAGAACGAUUUUUUCCCGCCUUGUGUCGCUUUCUCCCGAAGGGCAAAGCUUACAGGUAAUCAGCAGCAGCCUUCUUCAUUAUCUUUUGCGCCUCAAACCUACUCUCUCGUUCCGUCGCCGUCCUUUCUACUCCUCUCCCAUCCACCUUCAGUUCAUCUCCCUGCCUUUUCUAAUUCUAUCUCUUUCUAUUCGAUUUCGCCCUUCAAAAAAAAAAAAAAAAUCUUCCUCUUGUUCUCUACUGACUUGCUUUUCUCUCCGCGUCUUCUUCUCUGUCUCUCUGACGCUACUCCUUAUUUUCUCUCUUUCGCUUUUCCUUUCCUUUCUUUUUCUCUUUCUCCUUCUCUUUCUCCUUUUCUCUUUCUCUAUUAUAUUAGCCUCUCCUUUCUUUUUCUUUUUCUCUUUCUCCUUUUCUCUCUUAUCCUUUCCUUUCUUUUUCUCUUUCUCCUUCUCUUUCUCCUUUUCUCUUUCUCUAUUAUAUUAGUCUCUUCUUUCUUUUUCUCUCCUCUUUCUCCUUUUCUCUCUUAUGUUAGCCUUUCCUUUCUUUUUCUCUUUCUCCUUCUCUUUCUCCUUUUCUCUUUCUUUAUUAUGUUAACCUCGCCUUUCUUUUUCUUUUUCUCCUUUUCUCUUAUUAGCCUCUCCUUUCUCUUUCUCCUUUCUUUCCCUUUCUCUGCUACCGACUCUUUCCUCCCUCCCUCCCUCUCUCUCUCUCCUCUUUCUCUGUUACCUUAUCGACGCCUUUCUCCAUCUUUUCCUAUAGAUCGGUGCCCCAGUAAUUCUCUCGAUUUCGAGUUCUUCAUCCCUUAUUGUCUUUCAUUGCCGUUUUCAUUUUUCAUCACCUUCCAUUUCUAUUCACAAACCACGCACCGACGUCUUUCUUUAUUCGACGCUAUUAAAGUCCUUUCUCAGAUUCCACUCCUUUUACGCACGGGAACACAUCGGGCGGACAAAAAUUUCAAUUACUCGCAGUCUGCGAAUCGGCAAAAUCAGCCUCGAUUUGAAGACACCAGAAUGGCUUACGACAACGGAUCAGAUAGCCAAUGCUCGGACAGCAGGAGCAGUUCGUUACAGGUGGACCCCUGUUACCGGUGCUGCAAACGGGUUUACCCUUUGGAAAGAAUUGACAUUGGUGUUUUGUUUCACCGCGGCUGCUUCCGAUGCCGCGUGUGUGGACUGCAGCUUAGUCUGCGGACAUUCCACUGGGAUCAGCACAACGAACCGGAUAUUUACUGCAGUAGCCACGUGCCAAAACUGGUUGGCACCAUCGAUAGCGAAUCGAUGGGCAUAAAAAGUGCCGUCAAUGCCCCGCGCGGGAAAAAUAACGUCAACGAGCAGAUAUCUAUCUCUUCUCUCUCUCUCUCUCUCUCUCUCUCUCUGUAUACCUAUCUAUCUAUCUAUCUAUCUAUCUAUCUAUCUAUCUAUCUAUCUAUCUCAGUCUUUUCUAUCUAUCUAUCUAUCUAUAUAUCAUCUGUAUCUAUGUAUGUAUGUAUGUAUGUAUCUAUCUAUCUAUCUAUCUAUCUAUUCUGUUCCUAUCUAUCUAUCUAUCUAUCUAUCUAUGUUCGUAUCUAUCUAUCUAUCUAUCUAUCUAUCUAUCUAUCUAUCUAUCUAUCUAUCCAACCCAUUUCCCGGUUAUCGAACCGUAAGCCUCAGGAGGUCCCGCCAGGCUACGCGAGGAGAGCUAAUCACAGAGCUAUCCGCGCCACUCAAACGGCCAACGUCGCAAUGUGA